AUGUCCAAAGCGGAAAUAUUGAAGGGCAAAAUGCCCGUCACUUUGUUGCAAGAGAUGUGUGCGAAAAAUAAAAGCUCUCUGCCACUGUACCAGUAUAUUGACGAAGAAAUUUCCCUACACGCUCCAAAUGUGAAAAUAUUCACCUACAAGGUGUCGGCGUUGGGUAAGCAGGCCAAUGGUGUCGGUAGAUCAAAGCAAGAAGCAAAGCACGAGGCGGCCUGGCAACUGAUACGCUUGGCGCUGGAUCUUCCGGCUUGUGCAGAUGAUGAGAUUGUAGCCGCACUGGGUGUGGAUCGUGUCUGUCAGGUGCGCGACAUUUGCAUCCAACGUAACUUCCCACUGCCCGAGAUUGAGCUGGUGCGCAACUACGGUCCCUCUCAUGCACCGGUGUUCGAGUACGAGUGUCGGAUCCAGGAGAUAGUACGGCGCGGUGUGCAUGCCACCAAGAAGGGCGCAAAGCAGAUAGCCUGCCAGGAGAUGAUUAAAACUCUGCAAUCGAUGCCGGUCGAGGAAGAAAGCUUGCAACUCCUACCACUAGAUAUGGCAAUCGAAGAGGCGGACGAUACGAACGAGAACAUUAUAAAAACGUAUCGCGAAUAUACAACAUCCGAUAUUAAGAAGAAACUUGGUGUGUCUAUAGCGGAUAGGCAUACGUUUUUUCUCGAAUUGCCCCAGGAACGGAUUGACGAGGCACGCCGACUUUUGAUGGAUCCGAAUGAAUCGGAGCGGGAGAAAUGUUUCCGGAUAGCGACAACGCUUGGAUUGAAGUCCAAGAUUUUGACGUCCAACCCCAAUUUACCCACGAUCAAGGGCAACCACAUGAGCACAUUUGAGCUGCUGAAUCCCGAUUUCGACUGUUUAAUUAUCGGUGAAGGUGAAGCAUUCUACACCAAAGUGGUAGGCGAACACAAUCUAGAUGGUGGGCGAAAAGAUUCGUUCAGUUUAAUCGAUGUCGAUAUGACGGAUGGAACUACGGACGAAAAAAGUUCCGAUUAUAAACCAUCGGAGAAAAUUCCACGAUUGAAAUAA